AUGGCGCAACGACAAAAGAAGACGUCACAUAGCAUCGAUACAAGGGAGGGCUUCCAUGGAACCUACUUUGGCUUGUCUGGCGAAGUAGACCCAUAUCUACUGCGUCACUACUUGUACGAUGAUGCAGAUGAGUUCACCUUCUUGCGCCUCAUAUACCGCCAGCUGCAUAACGAUCUACACGACCCCACCGCACCGCCGUCGCCACAGCGUCGCCCUCUUGGCAAGCACCAGGGGCAACGCGAGCCUGUGCAAUUCUACUUGAUGUCAUCAGAGCUGGCAGAUGAGCACAAACAAGCUGGUCCGAAACAAAAUCCGAGAUGUGAGGGGUCUACAGCGGGGGAGUUAGAUGCUCUCGUUGACCAUGACCAAGCGCUCAGGCUAUUGCAACUAUUCAUCACAUACGUCUUCCCGGCCAUGCCGGUGAUUUCUCGCUCCCAGCUGCUCAGUAGCAUGGCGAGUUGCAAUGGGGCUACCACGAUCACACCGAGCAGAACCAUGCCUAUCCAUUUGCUAGCGGCUAUCUAUGCAUCAGCCUUGCCGUUCUGGUCAUACGACGACGUGCUCUGUGUCUCAAGCGUGUACAAGAAACCAUCAUCAGAGACGUUGUGGCAGAUUGCUUAUGAUGGCUUCCAAGCUGAAAUUUUGACGCCGCACCUGGCGACGGUGGCUACGGGAUUGCUGUACCUCAAUAAGGCGCGCCAGGGCGUCCAGCAUGUCUCUGCAGACAUUACGCUUACCUGGACUCUGCUGUCUUCCAUUGUGGGCAUCGCUACCAGUCUUGCUCUUCAUAUUGACUGCAGCCACUGGGCCAUUCCGGGUUGGGAGAAGAGGUUGAGGCGUCGGCUAUGGUGGAUGACUUUCUCUGAAGAGGAGUGGCGCAGCCUGCUAUUGGGGAGGCCAUCUAUCAUCAAUGAGGAUCAGUGGGACGUGGAAGAGCUGUCGGUCGAGGACUUUGCCCUUGAUAGCGAGGGUGUCGAUGCCGUCACUGCGACGGCCACGGGCAACCUCGCAGACGCGCGAUUUUGCUUGACAGCUGAUUCGGAAGCGCCGCACUGCAUUCUCUCGCAGAUGGCCAAACUCGCGUGCAUCGCUGGGAACAUACACCGCUCACUGUAUACGAUACGGGCAACAAGGCGGGUAGCACACGAUAUCGAGGCCUCAAUGGCCACGGUACGACCUCUCAGAGCAGAGCUGGUGUGCUGGUAUUCACAGUUGCCGUCGCAGCUACGAUUGCAGUCACGAUCUUGCGGUGAUGGCGACAGGUCAACACCCGCAUCUCCCAACUCGGCGGCCUGUUUCAGGUUUGCGUACCUCACACUCGAGGUGCUUCUUUAUCGAGCAUUACUGCGCCCACUUGGCAGUCUAGACCUAGAACAUGACGGCGACGAAGACAUGAACGACGUGGAUACUUCCUCGGGGCUUCAGGAUGACCAUGUCGGAGUCAUGCCUUUACCGCAAAUGUCGAGAAGCAAAGUUGCUCUAGAGGCUGCCGAGGCCAUCAUCAGCGCUGCAGAGAAGUGCGCCGGGUUGGUCAUCGACUUCGCCGCAAUGCUCAUGUCGUGGGACUUUGCCGGAUUCUCCUAUUCUUGGUUGCGCAUUGGCUGGGCCACGUCUUCUAGCUUCUUUGCGCUGCUCUUGGUGCAGUCACCUAGCCUGUCCCAUGCGCAGACGUGCAAAGGUAUGAUGGACCGUUGGCGGCAAGUCCUGCGCCAUCAGUCUAAGAGCUUCGAGGACAUGCGGCUAGGCAUCUUGCGGCUGGACGCCAUGUAUUGGUCGGACAUGCGCAAGAUCUUCCGGGUCAACAGGCACGCUGCACGAGUGUUGGGCGGUACCGAUAGCGUACAGCGAGGUAGCGGCUCGCAUCGCACUUUACCAUGA